AUGUACUUCGGAUUGGCCUCAUCCAAAAAAACACAGACGCAACUCGCAGCUCCUUCAGCUCCUACCAUGCAUAAUGAAGAUGCUGAUAGACAGCUAGGCACGGACAUCCGGUCAAAUGAGGAGGUUGCAAUAAAGCUGAUGCACAUUCGAGAUGAAUACGACAUUCUCGAGAGCGAGGCAGAGACAUACAAGGCCUUGUCUGGCGGUGUCGGAAUGCCAAAAUUCUUAUGGUUCGGACAAGAAUGUGAUUACUUUGCACUAGUACACGAACUUCUCGGUCCUUCACUCGAGGACUUGCUCAACUAUUGUGACCGGAGUUUUUCGCUCAAGACCAUACUCCUCGUUGCUGACCAGGCCAUUUCUCGAAUCGAGUUCAUCCAUUCCAAAGGUCUUCUGCAUCGGGAUAUCAAGCCUGACAAUUUCCUCUUGGGAGUUGGCAAACGAGGAAACAUAUUGUACACUAUUGACUUUGGCCUGGCGAAGGAGUACCGCGACGUAGAGCAUUAUCGAACUCUGGAAGGUCGCGUUCUUUGCGGCACUGCUCGAUACGCCAGCAUCAACAACCAUAAUGGACGCGGUAGGUCAUUUUUCUUUUCUUUUCUUCUUCCGCGUUUGAUCACAUAUUACCGUGACGUUCUCUCUACUAAGCUUCGCACAGAACAAUCCUGGAGUGAUGAUUUGGAGUCCCUGGGCUAUGUACUCCUCUACUUUGCCCGUGGCUCAUUGCCAUGGCAGGGCAUUAAAGCCGCGACCGAUAAGGAAAAAUUAGAACGUGUCAAAAACUACAAGAAGACUUUAUCAGUGGAAGAGCUUUGCAGUGGACUUCCGGAGGAAUUCUCCACCUACAUCAACUACACUCGGUCGCUUGGGUUCCAGGACAAGCCGAAUUAUGCAUACCUUCGUCGACUGUUCCGCCGCCUGUUCACGUCAAAGGGUUUCAAGUAUGACAACGUAUUCGAUUGGACGGAGAAAAGAUUUUACGAAUUACGUGACAAAGCUGAUGAGCCGAUAAUGGAACAAGGAUCGGACUCAAAUGAUGCAUGA